AUGAGGGGGGAGAACAUCACCAAGGUCAGCACGUUCAUCCUGCUGGGCUUCCCCACAGCCCCCAGGCUGCAGUACCUGCUCUUCCUCCUCUUCCUGCUCAUCUACCUCUUUGUGCUGGUGGAGAACCUGGCCAUCAUCCUCACUGUCUGGAGCAGUGCCUCCCUCCACAGGCCCAUGUACUACUUCCUGGGCAUCAUGUCCACCUUGGAGAUCUGGUACGUUUGUGACAUCAUCCCUAAGAUGCUGGAUGGCUUUCUCCUGCAGAGGAAACACAUCUCUUUCAUUGGAUGCAUGACUCAGCUCUACUUCUUCAGCUCCCUGGUGUGUACAGAGUGUGUACUUCUGGCUUCCAUGGCCUAUGACCGCUAUGUGGCCAUCUGCCACCCUCUGCGCUACCAAGUCAUCAUGACCACAGGGCUGUGUGUCCAGCUUGUGGCCUUUUCCUUUGCAAGUGGCUUUACCAUCUCUGUGAUCAAGGUCUACUUUAUCUCCAGUGCCACCUUCUGUGGCUCCAAUGUCUUGAACCACUUCUUCUGUGACAUCUCCCCCAUCCUCAAGCUGGCCUGCACUGACUUCUCUACAGCAGAGCUGGUGGACUUCAUCCUGGCCUUCAUCAUUCUAGUGUUCCCUCUCCUGGCCACCGUUCUCUCCUAUGGCCACAUCACCCUGGCUGUGCUGAACAUUCCAUCAGCCACAGGCCGGUGGAAGGCCUUCUCUACCUGUGCCUCCCACCUCACUGUGGUCACCUUCUUCUACAUGGCCAUGAUCUUCAUGUAUGUGAGACCCCAGGCCAUCGAUACUCGGAGUUCCAACAAGCUCAUCUCUGCUGUGUACACUGUCCUCACACCCAUGAUGAAUCCUUUGAUAUACUGUCUGAGGAACACUGAAUUUAAGGAUGCUAUGAGAAGAUCUUUGGGUUUGGGUACGACUCCUCAGUAG